UAAAACAGGGCCGGGGAUUUUACUUCCUUAGAAUAAAAUUUCCUACACACUGCGGCCCUUCAUUCUCCUCUACCAGCACUUAUCCUAAGACCUUCUGCGUAACAGUAAGAAUGCAACUUCUCCGAGCCAUUAGAGUAGCGUCUCUCGCUUUAACCUCCUUUCCACUUGGCAUCCACGCGCAGGUCGUCACGUCAAACCAGAACCUAACACUCCGCUUUUUCCAGAGCGACCAACAAGACUCAUGCGACUAUGCUAACUCCAACCGCGCCCUGACCUUCACUACAUCAAGCAUACCCGUCCUAGGCCAAUGUUUCGACUUCGUGGACCUCUUCAGCGGAAACGCCACACAGGGUUUCAUCAACCAGACUCGGAAUCAGGGACAGAACGCCUGGGGCGAGGCAGGCAUCCAUUGGCAACUUGAAAACACCGACACAUUUGACCCGCAAGCGAACUACUCCCGAGUUCUGUAUCGCCAGCAUAUAACAAACCCCACGACGGACGAGCAAAAACCUGGGCAUUAUGCAGAUCGCCAAGUGACGAUAUAUGGAGGACCGAAAUGUACGGAAGCGGAUCCGAACAGCAACACGACGUUGUUUCCUUGGUAUGGAUUCAGCUGUUGGAGUGAGGACAAAGGGAGCUGCGGCACGCUUCCGUAUAAGAUUGCUAGUUUUUAUAUUCGAGCGGGGAAGGAUGAGCAGAGUCAAGGUCGAAUGGGUACUUGUUGGGUGUUUGCGGAGUGCGGCGCUGCUACGAGUCUUCUUUUGUCUUCCCGUGCUAUGGUGGGAGCUUUCAUUAGUGCAUCUUUAGCUAUCUGGCUAUCUAUGUAGGGAGAAGAGGGCAAACAAAGUUACUUAGCCAUCAUGGUUCGAGAGCUCCUUACGCGAGGAUACUUAGACUUAUGAUCCUGAGACAAGUCCAUGGGACUGAUAAUCAUCAACAAGAACAAUGAAGACUCGC